UCUCCAGGCUCCCGGCCCCGCAGCCUCAGCCCACCCGGGCCAUGACACCGCCGCAGCAGCGCCCGACUCGGCGCCCUGCUCCUUGGCCGCGGCUCGCCGCGCCGCGCGCCCCUAGGGCCAGCCGCCUCCAGGACCUCCCUCUCCAGCUCUUGCUGCUGCUGCUGCUUCUCCAAGCCGCUACUCCAGCCCUGGCCGCCGCCGCCGCGGUCCCCGCAGCAGCCUCCGGCAGCCACUCCAAGACUAGCCCCCGCAUCACCGCAGCCUGGAAAGGGCAGGAGAGUUACAGUUUCCCGCAGCCGGAGCCCCACACGGUGCUAUACCACGAGCCGGGCAGUGAAUCUGUCGUGGUGGGAGGACGAGGGAAGCUCUACCAUUUUGAUUUCAUCCAGGGGAGAAAUGCCUCAGUAAAGACGGUGGACAUCAGUCCCAAUAGAGCAUUCUGCCAGAAUCAAUUGGACUGUGAGAACUACAUCACCCUUUUGGAGAAGCAAAAAGAAGGGCUACUCAUCUGUGGGACCAAUGCUCGCCACCCUAGCUGUUGGAAUUUGGCUAACAGGACCAUCUCUCUGCUUGGGGAAAGACGAGGCUAUGCUCCCUUCACCCCAGAUGAGAAUUCCCUCGUCCUGCUCAGUGAUGACCAGGUCUACUCCACGAUCAGAAAGCAGGAAUACAAUGGCAAGAUCCCACGGUUCCGGCGCAUUGGAGGAGAGCGGGAAUUAUAUACCAGUGACAUGGUCAUGCAGAACCCACAGUUCAUUAAAGCCACCAUCAUCCAGCAAGAUGAAGCCUACGAUGACAAAAUCUACUAUUUUUUCCGGGAGAACAAUCCUGACAAGAACCCCGAGGCCCCCAUGAACGUCUCCAGGGUGGCCCAACUGUGUAAGGGCGAUCAGGGUGGUGUGAGCUCCAUGUCUGCCUCCAAGUGGAACACUUUCCUGAAGGCUAUGCUGGUGUGCAGUGACCCAGCCACCAACAAAAACUUCAACUGGCUGCAGGAUAUCUUCUUGGUCCCUAAUGCCACAGGAGACUGGCGCUCCACAAGGGUUUAUGGUGUCUUCUCCAACCCCUGGAACUAUUCGGCCAUCUGUGUGUACUCCAUUGGUGACAUAGACCGAAUCUUUCGUACAUCCCCUCUCAAAGGCUAUAGUGGGACACUCCCCAACCCACGACCAGGCAAGUGCCUCCCAGACCAACAGCUGACACCCACUGAAACAUUCCAGGUAGCUGACAGUCACCCUGAGGUGGCUCAAAGGGUGGAACCCUUCGGGGACAGGAAGACACCCCUCUUCCAUUCAAAAUAUCACUACAAGAAAAUCCUAGUGCACCAAAUGCAGUCCAGGAACGGGUCCACCUUUGAUGUUCUCUACCUGGCCACAGGAAAUAAAGACUGUCUGGCCCUUCACAAGAGCAGCCCUGAGGUAUUGUGGCUGAGCACCAGCAGCUAA